AGUUCCUAAUGAUCGAUAUAUAGACUAUAUAUGGGAUCCCAAUUAUCUUCUGACAGGAAUUAAUUAUGGAGAUAGAAUUCAAACUAAAAAUAUGCCUAUAUAUUAUCAGAAUCUUCCUAUAUUAUACGAUCAUUAUACUCCACAAAUCUGGGUAGAAAGAAAGAAAGAACAGUUAUGGAGAUGA